AUGGAGAAUCGCGAAAAUCCAGUUUUCAGAACCAGCCCAGUGCAGCGAGGCGACCAAAUCCCGCAUACAUCUAGUUCGGAUACUCUACUGAAUGAAUCCGAUUUUUCUUAUGAACUCUCUACUUCUGAUUCUGAAGAAAGACCGACACCCCAAAAACGGACUCACCCUACGUCGGCGACUGAGACGUGUUUUUCAGACACCCAGCAACCUAAACAUAAGAAAGAACGGUGCCGUUUUAAGGCUAGACCCUCUACGCAGAAAUGCGAUAAUCAUGAUAACUACAACUCGUCGUCUGACGUAGACGGCCACCAGUCACCAAAGAUGUUCCCAAAGGACCCGCAAAAUGCCAGACUUUUAAUUAUCUUCAAAAUUUCUUUCUUUCUUUCUAUUUUCUUUCUUUCUUUCUUUCUAUUUUCUUUCUUUCUUUCUUUCUAUUUUCUUUCUUUCUUUCUUUCUAUUUUCUUUCUUUCUUUCUUUCUAUUUUCUUUCCGUCCUCAACUUCCGAUUUUCAUCACCUUCUACAUGAAUUAUAUUUCUUUCUUUUCCUUAGCAUCUUCAUUUUGUCCUCUUUAUCUCUCGUGCUUUUUCAGUCUUCUUCUUCCCUGUUCUUUCUUUCUUUCUUUAAUUAUUUAUUUCCGUUCCUUUUAUUAUCAGUUUGAUACUUUUGUCUUUACUGCUCGAUUUUUUUACACUUUGUUUUUCCUUUCUCUUUGUCACCUUUUUCAUCUGCCUUUUCGCUUUUCUUUUCAUUAUUCGGAUCCUUAUUCUUGUUUUUCGCUUUCCUUGUUUAUGCCUCACUCCCUCCAUCAACACUUACACUUUUUUUAUACUAUCCUUUUGGGUCCUUUCUUUUUACCUCUUUUGUCGAUCCAUUUGUGUCCUUUCUUUCUCGAUCCUUUCGGGUCCUUUCUUUUAACCUGUUUGCUCGAUCAUUUUGGGUCCUUUCUUUUAAGCUUUUUUCUCGAUCUUUUCGGAUCCUUUCUUCUUAACUCUUUGCUAGAUCUUUUUAGGUCCUUUCUUUUAACCGCUUUGCUCGAUCCCCUUAGCUCCUUUCUUCCAAACUCUUUGCUCAGUUCUCCGGGAUCCUUUCUUUCAAACAUUUUACUCGAUCCAUUCGGAUACUUUCUUCUUAGCACUUUCCCCGAUUCUUUCGGAUCCUUUCUUUUAAACACUUUGCUCAAUGAUUCGGAUCCUUUCUUCUAA